CUUCCUUGCGGCGCGCCACCUGCGCUAGGUGUGGAACUGCAUUGAGAUGCUGGCGUACUGGCCAAAGAACCAAACGCACGCCCGCCGAAGCUAGCUGCCCUGGGCCACGCCGACGAGACGUGCUGCUUCAAAACUGCGUGUCUCCUUUCAGGCUCUCCGUGCAACUCCUGCCCGCCCGCUGCCCGCCGCCCUCAGCCCUACGCCCAUCGUGUCCGCGACUUGGUGUUGAGAACCUAGAGCUUAAAGCGCUUGUGUGCCCGCAACCCUGCCUUGGCUCCCACCGCCCACGGCUCGACCUCGAACCUUUGUCCCCGCCCACCGCCCGCCUCACGCCUGUCUGGAUGCAUUACUAGGCACGCCCGCUCCCAUUCACACGUAGCCCGCCAUGGGUCAGAGCAACGGCAAGCCCGUGGUGUUCACCGACCAAGUGAACCUCAACCACUUCCGCCUGCUGCGAGUCGUCGGCAAAGGCGCCUUCGGCAAGGUGCGCAUUGUCGAGCGCAAGGACACUGGCCUCACCUUUGCGCUCAAGUACAUAAGAAAAGAUGAAGUCGUACGGUCAGAGAGCGUCCGCAACAUCAUCCGCGAGCGCCGCAUGCUCGAGCACCUCAACCACCCGUUUCUCUGCAAUCUGCGUUACAGCUUCCAGGACAUCGAGUACCUGUAUAUUGUAGUGGAUCUCAUGAACGGCGGCGAUCUGCGCUUCCACAUCUCGCGAAAAACCUUCACCGAGGAGGCCGUGCGGUUCUGGAUGGCCCAGCUGGGGUGCGCCGUGCGCUACAUCCACCAGCAGGGCAUCGUGCAUCGAGAUAUCAAGCCCGACAACGUGCUGCUGGACUCGGAAGGACACGUCCACUUGGCAGAUUUCAAUGUCGCUUCCGACUUCACCCCGCACAAGCCGCUCACCAGCAAGUCUGGAACCCUCGCAUAUCUGGCGCCCGAAGUGUACGAGGGCAAGGGCUACUCGUGCGAGGUCGAUUGGUGGUCACUCGGCGUGCUUUUCUACGAGUGCAUCUACAACAAGCGACCUUUCGAGGCGAGCAGCCACGACUCGCUCGCGGCCAAGAUCGCCAAAGGAGAGCCCACAUACCCCGUAACAAGUCCUCCGGUCUCGAUGCCGUGUCUGCACGCCAUCAGCUCGCUGCUGGAGAAGGAUCGCAAAAAGAGGAUUGGUGCAAUCAGCUUCGAGUCGUUCCUCGACAACCCGUUCUUCCGCGUGAUCGAUUUCGAGGCAUUGGAGGCCAAGGAGAUCCCCCCCGUGUUUGUUCCCUCCAGCGACAAGACGAACUUUGAUGCGACGUACGAUCUGGAGGAGCUGUUGCUGGAAGAGGCGCCACUCGAGGCACGAGCUCGCAGGCAGAAGCCCAGAGAAGCCCUGAAGGACGAUGCCACAGAUGCUGAGAUCCGAGCCGAGGAGCUGCACAAGAUGAUCGAGACGCUGUUCGAGCCGUUCAAUUACACUGUAGUCGCAGACCAGCGGCCUGCAGCAGUGAUAGUCGCAGAUCCUAAUGACUCUACAGGCGGCUCAAGAGCCAGCAACCAAAGCAACAGCGACCACGCGCCCGUCCCAGUCGCCCAACAGCACGAUCCCUGGGGCCGCCCACUGGCCACACAACGAUCCCAGGAAGGCGACCUGCACCCAACCCGUUCGACAACAAUGACCAACCCGCGAUCCACGACGCACUCGCCGAACGGCAGCCCGCCGCUUGCCACAGCCAACCUCAACCGGGGCAACAAGUCAACCACCGCAUCGCAAGCAUCCCAACGUGGAGAACACGCCGAUUUCUUCCCCACCGAGCCUACCGAUCCCGUCCCCCCCUCGUUCUCACGGCCCAUGAACAGCCGCCCACGUGGGUCGCAGCGCAGUACAAGCAUGGGCGGUGGCGUACAGGUAGUCCUCGACGGCACCGGUUCAUGGUCCGAGAUGGCUAACCAGAGCUCUGCGCUUGUACAGACUCCGCAGACCGAGAAGCCCUCCGGCAUGCUCGGCUUCCUCAGUCGAAAGAAAGGCCGGGACAGGAGCCCCAAGGCCAAAGAGAGGGGCGUGCUCGGCAAAGAGGGUGCACGAGUCAUCAUCAGCAACACAUGAUGGCUUUGCC